AUGCUCGUGACAUCGAAAAAAACGGUGGGGCUCCACCGGGACCCCAACAGCGCUACUCCAGGGAAGGCCGCGCUGCCGCAGAUGAAGGCGCAGCUGGCGGAACUCUUGGAGGAUAAGCCCCUCCAGGUGAUGCCGGGCCCCAACGAGCCCAGCAACGCCAGCCUGCCACAGCUGCCGUUCCACAGCAGCCUGCUGCAGCUGACCCAGCCCAACUUCCAGGCGAUAGGCAACCCCUGCAGCUUCAACUUCGAGGGCCUGCAGGUGAUGGGCUCCUCCGGGCAGCCGGUGAAGGACCUCCUGCGUUGCGCGCAACUGGAGCCCUUGGAGGGUUUAGAGCUCUGCCUCCAGGCGAGGCACCUGGCGCCAACAGCGCCCGACACGCUGAUGACCCAGCCCUUUGAGGACAAGGACCCUUUCGUCCUGGACGCGGUGCCCCACGUCCUCUUCUCGGGCGGGCAUGCUCGCGCGGCCCACAAGUGGCGAGAAGAGGGGCAGGGCGGCACUCAGUGCAUUUGCGUUCCGUCCUUCAGUCAGCAUCCUGCCCUGGUGCUGGUGAAUUUGCACGAUCCCCGGGAUGUGCACAUCGAGGAGUUCUUGUCCUGA